GCUGAGGAGGAGCAACAGCGCGCGGGGACCGGACCUGUGGAGCGCGCGGACCGUCGUUACCGUGUUUGAGGAGAGUAGAAUGCGCGUGUCGGCGGAGGGCUGACCCGACCGACCACUGAACUUCAGGACUUUAGGAUCCGGAGGCUCGUCACACGUAGAGGACCAUGGGCUGUGGUCUGAAGAAGCUGAAGCCUGUGUCCGAGGAGCACAGUCCGGGGAAGAUCUACUCCACCCUGAAGAGGCCCCAGGUGGAGACGCGGGUGGGACCGGCCUACACCUACCGCUACCUGGACUUCCUCAUCGGCAGAGACGGUGGGACGUCCACUCUGCGCCUGUCCUCUGUGCGGGAGGUGCCGGCUCAGCUGCAGGAGCUGUACCAGCAGGGCUUUGUGCUGGCUGCGCUGCACCCUUUCCUCCAGCCCUGUGGCCCGGGCGCAGACAACCCAGAGCACCAGCUGUACCGGGCCAUCCUGGUCCGCAACGGCGACGGGGUGGAGCGGGGCCCUUCUCUCGGGCCUCAGUACCGGCUGCAGCUGGAGGACUGUCUGUCUGCUGACCAAGAGCCCACUCCAGAGCUGAUCCAGGGAUAUGUCAAGAAGCACAUCCAGGACGCCGCAGACCAGGGCAUCAUGUUCGUGGGCUUCAUCCAGGAGGCCUACAGCGCCCCCAGCAGGAGAGAGACGGACACACCCCCCCUGUCCCUGUCUCUGCACUCCAGCCCCAGCUCUGUCCUGGGCUCCCUGUGCAGCAGCGGGCCCUCGGACACCCCACACAGGGGCCCCCACACGCCUACCCACACGGCCCCCCACAGCCCCCCUGAUGAGGACAAACCAGGAGGAGAAGGAGGAGGAGAAGGAGAAGGAGGGGAGGAGAGCGCCCCCUGUGGCUCAGAAGAGGGAACGCCACGUCUCAACAACAACACCACCACGACCAAGGACAGGCCACACCCACAGCGCUGCGGCAACGGUCUGGAGCUGCUGGCGCUGUACAACCUGCCCCCGGAGCGAGAGCCUGCGGUCAGGUACUACACAGUGAAAGUCCCGCUGAGGGUCCAGAGCAGCACAGAGGGAGUGGUCAGCAGCCUGGAGGGGCCCUGGCUGGACCAUUUGACCCAACACUUCACCAGCGGAGCCUCACUGGUGCAUGGGCACUUCCACCUGGGACAGCACACCGAUCUUCAGUCCAGAACUUUGGAGAGCGUGUUCAUCUUCCAGGAACCCGCAGAAGCCGAGGCCAGUGCCCAGGCCUAUGACGCCAUCGUGGUGGAACAGUGGACUGUCAUUCAUGGGCUCCAGGUGAAGGCGGAUUACGUCCCUCUGCUCCAGUCCUUGGCCUCAUUUGGCUGGAGACUCACCUGUGUGCUGCCCACCCCCGUCAUCAGGACCAACAGCGACGGCAGCCUCUCCACCAAACAGAUUGUAUUUCUGCAGAGACCCGUCUUGAGUCGGAAGAAGAGGGACUCUAAGAAGCUGAUCUUCAAAACCAAGAGUAAAUCCAACAAAAACUGCAUCAAAGACUCGGCCAAAAACAAGAAGAAGGGCAAGAAGUCAGACAAAGAACCUGAGGAGGCAAAAGCAGCGGACAGGACCAACGACCAACCGGAGACAGCGGGAGGGGACACUACUGAAUGUAACACAGAGCCGGCGGCAGGAGAGCCAGGGGACAUGUCCAGAGAGGGGGACAGGGACGAGGAUGAGGGGACACCAGCAGAAGCAGUGCAGUUGGAAACCAAAGACGUGGACAAGGAGAAGGAGGAGAAGGUGGAGAGGCAGGUGAUGGGAAACGGACUGGACACUGACCCGGAGGACCAAUCAACAGCCAGCAAUGAGAUUAUUAUGAAAGAGGGGCGAGUGGAAGGGGCGACCGUGACAGCAGGAAGUCAGGAGUAGAGUUUGGGUGGAGAGCGUUGGUGCCCCCUACCUCUGAAGAACCAUUGGACGUUCCUGGACAGUGUUCGUAUGUCAGUAUCACUCUCGGUCUGUAGCGUCUGCUGUGCUGGGCCGUGACAAAGACUUGUAGCGGAUUGUAUGACUGCCCUAGUGCUAAUGCCCUGUGUUGUGAACAUUUUGCUCCUUAAACUGUGUGUGUGUGUUUUUCUUAUCAAAGUAAUGGUUAGGUUAACAUGGCCACAUCUCCUGGGAUGAUAUCUUUUUUUUUUUUUUAAUCAGGGUCUUUACCUAAAGUGGGAGUAAACACCUAAACUCCUCCCACAGCCACAUUUCAAACAGCUGCUAAACAGGGCAGUGCCUGGGGAACUAAAGAAGAGAGUGAGGGGGAGGAGGGGCGGGGUUUGGAGGUAUAAGGAACAGUGUGAUUGGUCUAACAGGUAUCUACAGUUCAAACUCCGCCCCUACAGCCCGGUGUUUUUAAUCAGAAACGUGGCUUAAGGUCAUUUUCACACUCCCACUAUGUCGAUUGUAAAAGAACUUUAGCUCUGAGAGCAGUGCAUGGGGAAGUGUGAACCCACUCUGGACCACAGUAAACAGCUGGUCCAAGAGCGCUUCAAACAGGAGGUCUCAGAACGGCUCCACCCGCACCCUGGAGUGGAGCAUGUGUGGUGUGAAUGGGGCUGACCUAAGCAGUGUGCACUGCAGUAAAAGUGCUUGGUAAAAAGCACUCGGCGCUGCAGAGCUUCUGUUUGACACGUUUGUCUGACGAUUGGAUCAGCUUAAUCUCAGCGACAGUCUCCUCCAGCCUCUGUCUGCGCAGGUGAGUCUGCCUCUGUCUGCGCAGUUGAGCCGUGUAUUGCGUACGGUUCCAGGGAAGCAAGCGUGUGCAUGUGUAUUUACGAGCUGUGUCCACUUGAAGCAUGUAGUCAUGGAAAUAAGUUCUUUGAUCAGCUGAUGGACUCUCGUGUGGCUGAUGGUGUUUGAGGUGAAUGAUGUGCAGUGUAUGUGAACAAGACCGACCCAAAAGUGAAGUAAACAAAAGUAAAUCUAGAGCGCACUGGGGUCUAAACAUGUGUGAAAAUGACCUUAAUUUGGGCCGAGGCACCUGAUGUCACCAACUAUUGGAAAUGCCAGAGGUCACUGAAACCAGCAGGAAACUUAGAUUUAGGUGUUUUUGACCAGAAAACUGCAGAUUUGCCUAGUUUGCACUAAAGUUCCCCAAAAAAUGACUAGGAACAGUAGACAGUGCUAUACAAACACCACAUACACAGUUUAGUAGCAAAAAAGUAGAUCUAGUGUGUAGGUCAACCUUAAGUCAUAGGAACCUCAACAUUCCUUUGAAAACACAUUUUUAAAAUGAAUAAUUUAUGGAUAUUAGACCACACCAUUAUAAGUGCUUUAUAUGACUGUUCUGGUGGUGGAUCUGCCAACUGCUCUUCCCUAUAGAGAUGCUAUUACUUUGUCUGGAAUAUUCUAUCUGUCUUACAUUUACUAAAUAACAGGUGUUUGUAUUACUCAGAAAUACCUUAAAAACAGCAUUCAUUCUAUGACUGGGGUUGCCUCACCACAGAUCUGAACUGUAACUUGGCCUGGUGGUAUUUCCCACUUGUCUCUAUGUGUAAAGAGAAGAUUAAUACCAUACUAUGGGAUAUUCAAAGCAACUCCAUGUCCAUAGAGACAGGCAGGUGGCUGACCCUCCACCAGAGUUACAUUAAAUUAAAUUUAAAUUAAAAUCUGGCCAAAACAACAUCUGACACUUAAGAUUUAACCGGUGUUUAAUAUUGCCUGUGAGUUUCAGUCAUAAAUACAACGUUGUCUCUAGGCCAGUGAGCCCUCCUCACAAAAGGACUGUACCUCCCCUCCCUGACAACAGAGGGAGCAGUUUGGAGCCCACAGGGAAUGGAAAAGAGGUCAUGCCCUCAAUUAGACAAUAUCCCCUGUACAUUUUCAGGAAGGAGGGAUGGCCCAAGUGGUUUUGUUUUGCGAUAGGCAAUCUAAGAGCUAGAAGAGAUGUUUACAUGCAGAUAAAAGCUGUCAACCCUGUUCUCAAAACACUUUGGAUUGUGAAUUAGAUCAUCUAACAACACAGUCAAAGUCAACAAUGACUCAAUUAACUGAACAUUUUACAACAGACAACAAAUAUAGUUUCCUCAUAAACAAAAACAUAUCCGGAGUUUUAUUUUGCUUCAAUCAAUCUUAUUUCAUUAAUCCUAUUUAUCAAAUCCUCUUGCUCUCAAGAAUAUUUUUUUCCCAGAUUUUGAUGUCUAAGAUAGAAAUUCAGUCCCUUUCUGCUGUCAAACUGCAUUCAAUACAACUGCGCACCUAUAUUAGCAUGCUAGCCUUGUUGCUUAAAAAGCUACUUUUUCCCAUGGCAAUUCCCACAGUUGCCAGUAGAGUGUGUGCAAACACCAAAUCCAGAUUUGGAAGCACAUACAUAGAUAUUAUUUUAUGUUCUAAAAAUGAAAUGCCAUUAAAAAAAAAAUUUUUUUUUUGUUUUUUUUGUUUAGAAUAUUUCUAUGUGAUGAGACAUUUAAGAUGGUCUGUGUCCCUAGAUCUUGCUAAAAUUGUAUCUAGCAUAUUGUUGUGAAAAAAGAACACAGGACCCAGAACAGACCCCUGUGGAACACCCGCUCUAUUUUUUUUAAAAGCACUUGACUCAGUUGCCACAGAAAUUCUGUUGUCAACCUUAACUAAAAUCAAAUAGAGGUUUAAUCCUCACUGAUGUCUGUCCACUUGCCCUCAGAGAGUUUGUGGAUCCUUUGUUGCCCAUUCCCCAUCGACUCUUCAUCACAGGGACUCCACAUUAAAAUAUUGCUGAUCGAGGUGGGAGGGGUGUGGAGAUGGGUAGAGGGGGGGCUGCAACAGGUGGAGUUCGCUGGCUUGAUAGUGCACUGAUGGAUUUUGUCAGCAGGGAUUCACAGUACUCUCACAUCUUUACACAAUAAAGCCCUGACAGCAGAGCCUGAGUGAUGUCAGAGAAGGCACAUGUACCGAGAAGGAUCUUCAUGAAGGAUCAUCAGUGAAUGAGCUGUUAAAAAAAAAAAGAAUUCAACAUGACAUAUAACCAUCACCCAUAAAAAAAACCCCCAAAAACAUCUAUUUUGUAGCCUGCUUACACUACACCACUAUUCUUAGAACUGACCCUUUGAAUGGUCUCCUGAGUCCUGAUUAGCCCUGGACAGACACUCCAAACAUUUUGAGAAUGUUUAUGAUCACAUAUGAUUGGCUAUUUAGUUGGAACAGUGCAUGGUAGCAAACAUAUGUGACUUACUGGAUCUUUUUACGUGUCAAUGGUGCUGUAGAAAGUAGUUAAUGAAAGUGUUAUCAUAGACGAAGGAAAUUAUACAUCCAAUUUUGACAGUACUUUGGUGAUCAAAACUGGAACAAAUUGUAAAACUCGCACAAAAUAUUACAUCAAACACAAGUAUCACUAAAGCAGCAGUUCUCUUGAAUGAAACUGAGCUGGACAAAUGGACAGCUGGACAUGGAUCGCCUUCACGCUCUACAAUUUGAUGAUGUCCUAAUUUCAGAUGACGGGCAAGGGCCUGUAUAGCUCUAUGGGAGAUUCACUAUUUUUACAGAAAUAUCCUAAAUAAAAAUCAACAAACUGAACUUUAUAUAUAUUUUUGGGAUUGACUCCACAAACCUGUCAUAUUAAUCUUAUGGCUAAAAUUCUAUUCAACUGACAACAAUGUAAUUUUGGGAUUUAAAUAGUGUCUGAUACUGUUCUUUUGUUUAUUUUGCUGGCAGAGAAGUCAUUGAACUUUGUGCCAGUUUUUGUUUCGUGUGGAUAGGCCGAGUAAAUACAGAGAUAUUAACUAUAAUCCAAGUCAGUAAAUCUGCAAUGUGACAGCAAAUUCCACCAUACAAUUCUGACCUAUCUCUGGCUCAGCUUUAAAGUACAUCGAGGCUAGAAUAUUCUGAUGUCACUGGUCUCCUUUUGAAGAUGAAUGAUGGAGGAACUGCAUAUGUUGAACUUUGCUGAAGACUUGGGAGGCUUUAGUCCUUGUAGUCCUCAUAAGGGCCUUGUCCGGGGUCCGUUCCUAGGGUCAGAUCUGACGGCUGUAUUCUCAAGUGCUUUCUCUCUUGUGGAUGUGAGGGUGGCGGAGGUUCGUCGUGUUCUUGUGUAGCUGUGACCAGUGUAGCCUUAUCGCGCCGCCGUACCUGCCCUGGCGUCCGAGCUGCAGUGACAUGCGUCCUGUGUUUGUCGGUGGUGGUUCUCUAUAGUUGUGUUCUAUGUUUUACACUGGAAAUGUCCGCCGUGACGGUAUGUGAAAAGAUGUCUCCAGUCCAUCCUGUGACAGUUGUUUAAAUGGUCAGAUAGUUCUGCUGUGGGCCCAUGUUGUGCUACAGUCAUGUGCAUUAAAGCAUUUUGGUCACUACCGGAUUUGUAUCAAACGCUGUCGUGAUGGUAUUUAAUCUUGUGUUUUAGCCGCGGGGCUCCGUAAAUGUUCAUCAUUCCAUUCAGCAGCGUGGAUAAACGUUCCAUGUUGUCAAUUAAAGCUAACUAUGUCCAACGAGAAUCGGUUAAAACUGGAAUACCUGAUUUUCAUGACAUUGAAGGAGGAAGUACGUAUUUAAAUCUGUCUAACUUGUCCCGAGCUUUCACAAACCCUUUAGCAUGUAGUUUAUAUCCCCAUUCAUUCAUUUUUGGAUAUUUUUACAGUAUAGACUUUGGAGGAAAACACAAAAUGUAUUCAAAACCGUCAGCUAGCCACCCGAGCUUUCAUUUCAUAAUCACCUGAUUGCAGCAAAGUUCAGUUGUUGUUUUUGUAACACAACAAAAUGAACCUUACCAGAUGCUGUAAGUACAUCUAAAAAUGAAAUGAACUGAUUCUCUUUGGAAAUGCAGCAGCGAGCUAGCUUUGAUUGACAUGGAACGCUAACUGCGAUGAAAACGUAUUCAUCAGGGAGUCCGUCUUAGCUACAUAACGUUUUACUGUUAUGGAGGCCAUUUUGAGGACUCAAAAUGAAUUUAAAUGAAUGGUUAAUUACUAUGGCAACAGUUUUUCACCACGCUAACAUAGCCUAUUUACCGCAGCUAACCUCCAGCAGGAAAUCUGGGCAGUUAGCCACAUUUUGCAUUGAAGCCAAGGUGCAUCAGCAUGAAUUGCAAAUGAGGUAGUGACAAAACUUUUUUCUUUUUUUUUUUUUUUUUUUAUGUUGCCAUGCUAAUAAGUGCUAUUAUGCUAACAUGUGACCUAGUGUGAGGUCAUUACUGCUGGUUGCUCUGGGGUUAGCAGAUGGACUCUUGUACGAGCACACGACUAUAACCACUGAAGACCUGCAUUGCAUUCAUCACAGCAUAACCGCACAAGUCCUUUUUUUUUUUGGCAAAAUUGAGUUUCUGUCUCAUUCGUGUCGUUUGCUCCAGAUGGAUUUUCAAACAAAACAAAAAAUAAAAGACUAUGCUACGAGGCUAACCGUAUCUGUGCUGUUAUAUUUCACAUUCAAAAACAUGAUGUAGCCUUACCUCACGCUGUUAUUUUGGCGGCUGCACUGUCUAAAAUCGGAAUAAUCACCGUCAUAAACACAUUUUACAUUUCAAAAUGACUUUAACCCCGUCGUGUCUGCUCAGAGCUAACGCUUCACACAGCCAGAAUCUCGUGCUUGUGUCCGGGUUAUCUGUGAGGUCAGUGUGCGUCACCUCGGCCGCCAUCUUGAAUGUUCCAUAUGUGACCACGUGCUCUUCACGCGUUUAGCAGCAGGCCUAUAUUUUUGCUUGUAUAAUUUAUAUUCAUUACAUUUCCACACUGUUUCUGU